AUGGAUCAGACGUCACAACAGGACAGUCCUCUGUCCAUCGCGGCCAAUGUCGCUGGAAUUCUCACCUUCGUCGUCGCAAUCAUCGCAGCAGUAUAUGUCAGAAUCACGUAUCUGCGCAACAGCGAUGACGAGUACUUCCGAGUCAAGGCCUCGCUGUCCUGGUUUAAAACGGAAUCCACGUGGCUAUCGGACCUUGUCCGUACAGCCGGUGAAAGAUCAGGAGGUCUCCAUUCUCGCCAACCUGAAUAUCAGAUGUACGCCUUCGUGAUGGACGACUUGAUUAAGCUGGAGAAGCGUAUCCUGGAACUGCUGGCCGAGGCCGAGACGAAAGCUGCGGGCCAAGAUGCCGAGAAUCAGGGCAAAUGGACCCUCGUGCCCAAGAGUUGGAGCUUUACAACCAAUGUCGCCAUGGCUUGGCUGCCAGUCCGGACCAAAACAUUAGAGCUGGUUCGCCAGCGAGAAGCAUUGACGGCACGUGUGCAAUUUACGCAAAUGAGCAUGAUAUCUUCUCGAAUUCGAGACUUGGAAUCGAGAACCACGUGGACGGAGGCCAAGUCCGAAGAAAGCUUUAUUCGUAUGGAGAACCAGAUUGCUGAGCAGAGAGCUCAGAUCCAUCGGCUGGAGGACCUCGUCUAUCGUUUGAUGUAUCGGAGUCGGCUCAGCCAGGAUCCCGAUUCGUCUAUGACCGAUCCUCUUAAGUCGCGCCGAUUAUCCAGUCCCUCGCAAUAG